GGUUCCUAGACACGACAUUUGGGGGCUCGUCCGGGAUACGAAAAAGAAUGGAGCAAGCCACUGGAUCAGGGUGCUGGAGGAGGAGACGACAGGCCGGAUCCUGGCUGUGGGGGACCUGAAGGCUCUCCUGGGGAAGGUUGUGGGGAUGGAAACAAUGCUGGACAUAUUUGAGCAGGCUGACUUUGACAGAAACCAUGCGCAGUCUCCAGCAGUGGACGGUGGGCCGUUUGAUAACGUGCGUGGGGUUGUUUGGACUGCUCUGCGAGCCCUGUAUCCCGCACGACCGGACAUAACGACCUUAACGGGACCGCCGUUAAAAGACAAUGAACUACCGGCAACAUACAUCCACACACAGUUGCGCAGGUGGAGAUUGUUAACUGAAAAGGACGUACAGGCAGAUCCCAUAAUGACCACCCUCUUCCGCAAAGCCAUCCAGGAGGGGAUGUCACCGGAAGUGGGGCGCCGCCUCGAUGAGGUGGUGGGACUGAAUACCAUGACACACAGAGAGUUUGUGGAUCACGUGGUGCACGCUGUGGACAGGCAGCGGAAAGAGGGGAAAAAACUGGAAGAUCAAACAAAAGACAUUCAAAGGAAGCUACUGCAGUUGCAGCUGGAGGAGCUGAGAGCCAAAGAAAAAAAGGCGAGAGAAAUAAAGGAGCUGAGAGCCAAAGAAAAAGAGGCGGAAAAAGUGGCAUCGACGGUGGUCUACGACUUCUCCGGCAUCCCUCACCCAGUGGCCAUGCAAGGUGUCCAGGAAGAAGCUGCAGCUCUGCUCUCAGAAAACGGGGAGAGCGGAGGGACUGCGGGCGCUGACACCAGCCCAGGGAGCAACACCACCAACAGUGCCCCUACGGGUCCAGUACGAGAAUCGCAGGCCGGCUUUCCAGUGGAGUGA